CCUACAACAGACAGACUACUUGCUCCUCUUAGUGCGAGCAGCCUGCAGGUACCAGUCACCGGUUUCCGAUUCAUUGCAAUGUCCGCAUAUACGCUGAUCUUGAGUUCCUUCAGUCUGCUAUAUUGUCAGAAGAUCUGAUGUACAGCAUACAGGUUUUAGACUCAUUAAACAAUGGAAGCAGUAACAACAGCACAGCCGUUAGCAGUAGACCAGAUCCACACUAAUGCAAUACUUCUGGAGAGUGGUCCUGUCACUAUAAGAUACCUAUCGGACACAGAAGAGGACCGCGAGUUUGCUGCUAAGGUUACAAUUGAGGCCUUUGAAAGAAAAGUUGUUCAUGCUACAAGCAGAGGCAGCAUACCUGACAUUCAAGUUUACUAUGCAAACAGUCUGAGAGGGAGGCAGCCCACAUUUUAUGAGAGACACUUCAUUGCAGAAUAUGAUGGUCAGAAAGCAGGAUCCUGUGUUAUACGUUACCAUGGAGACAGGGAACUCUUUCCACUCAGGGAUGAGGACAUGCCCCCUGUUGGGUGUACUGACAUGUGUGGGCUUUUCUGUAUGGGCCUAGCAGCAAACUUUGAGAUUUAUAUAGCAGGGAAAUGCUGUGUCGAUCACAUAGGGGUCAAUUCGGAGUUUAGAGGGAAAGGCAUAGGGAAGGUACUAUUAGACAUGGCUGAAAUAGACGCCAAAAGGAAAGGCUGCAAGGCGAUUUAUCUUUAUGUGGCAACAACCAACCGAGCUCAGCAUUUGUACGAGAGACAGGGAUACAUCAUCAAGGAAAGGCGGACAAUUUGCUGUUGUGGGUACUGGUGCAUGACGGGAGAGAGAGAAUUUGCCCGAAUGGAGAAGAUACUAGAGGGUGACAAAGAGAACUGCUGAUAGCUGUACCAAUGUGACUCGCCUUCAUUUGAUCAUCUUAUAACUACUCCAUGCUAGAGGUUCACUGCGAGAGACUUUGCGCCGCGUGGUAUAUAAAAGAUGUUAACCGAGGCUCUAACUUACCAAUAUCACUGUCCAUCAAUUCACCAUAUCAUAACUGCUGAUACCUGUGAAAUCCAUGCCAGUAGUUUGUAAUAUUGUUAAUCUUCCUUACACAUUAACAAACACACACACACACACACACAUGACGUACUAAGUAGUAUAGAGUCAUGUCCCUUUAUUGUGAUAAUUCACAUUGGAAAUUAAAAUUUCCCCCAAUAAUUCUAUAAUAGGAUAUUUUAGAAAUACAAAACAAGAUACACUGAAUUAUACUUUGACAUUUAUUUUACCUACGAUCUAUUGUACAUUGGCUUUUUGUAAAUAUUUUAAGACAUUUAUAAAGAAUUAAUAUUUGAAAUCGUUGGUCUGAUCAUCUAUAAUCAGGUUAAGCUUUUUGUAUUACGCAUUAGUUUGAAUUUUGUUUUUAAAACAAGUUUCAGUCAGUGUUGAUGUAAAUGUAAUAGUAUCUUUUAUAUUUCAUUUCUGAAUCAGUGAAAUCUAGAUAUUUAGAAUCUAGAGUCAAUCAUAUAUGUAAUGGAAUGUUAGAUUUGCCUUCUUACUGGCUUGAUUUACAGUGUAGUUGUCCCCGUUUCCUGAUGUAAGCUUUUAACUUCUAUUAAUAUUCUGAUUUGGCUGUUAAACCAUUCUUCUGCAGUGAAUUUACUUCCUUUGAUCAAAAAAGGACCAAGUGGAGUUGAAGUUCUUAGAACUUUUCAAAGUGUAUGUUGAAUGAGAGAGAUUGGUAGUUAAAACUGCAAUAUUGUAGUCUGAAAUCAUGAAAUGCUUGAGUGAUUUUUAUGCCCCCGAGAUCGAAGAUCGGGGGGGCAUAUUGUUUUUGUCCUGUCUGUCAUUCUGUUUGAAACUUUAACCUUGCUAAUAACUUUUGAACAGUAAGUGCUAGAGCUUUGAUAUUUCACAUGAGUAUUCCUUGUGACAAAACCUUUCUGUGGGUACCAAGAUAUUUGCCCUUGCGACCUUGGCCAUCUUGGAAUUGACCAUUAUGGGGGCAUUUGUGUUUCACAAACACAUCUUCUUAAUACAAUUUUACAAAUUACACUUUGUACCAGCAACAUUGGGGUAAAAUUGUAAAACUUUUUAAUGAACAUUUACAAAGAUUUUUACUUUUUCAUCAAUUCCUCUCAUAUGAUUGCUUAGCAGUAUUUUUAUUUUUUUAUUUUUUUGAUAAUAUUUUAUAUGUAUACAUGUAAUUGAAAUUAUUGAAUAUUGUUUGUUUUAUCUCAGCAUUUUAUUUUUAAUUUGUUACAUUUUGAUCUUGAUUGCGGUUUGUAAAAAUCAGCUAUUGUAUUCUUCUCUUACUUCCAAUAGUUCUUGUAUGCUCGUAUAUAAUAAAAUGCAUAAUUCAA